CAGUGUUGGCAUAACACAACGCGAGCUCAGCCGCGGGGGUAGUCUUGCUCUUUCACGCUCGCCUCGUCGGGACCUUGUCAGCGCUCCCGCUUCGCCGCGUAUCCCCCCGCAAGCGCAGGCGUGGAUUAUGAGAGCGCCGUUCGGAGGUGGGAGCACCGCGUAGACUGAGUCUCAUUGAAGUAUCUAUAUGGGCCAUCUUCUCUCGAAAAAUGGUUACCGCCUGAAGAAGAGGACACGCAAGCUGCAUCACAGGAAGAAGAAGAAGAGGAACUGCUUCCUUCAGGGGCCCUGCAUGCUGUGCUUUAUUGUCCACGGCAACAGCGGCAGUCUUGACGACGACAGUGACCAAUCGGAAGCCGGCGUAAACGGUGGUGGGCUUUGCCUCAACAGUGCCACUGGAAUUAGUGUCGCGGGCGUCGGGGGAGUUGCCAUUGGAGCAGCAGCUGCCUCAAAGCUUGCUGGGGGUUACACAUCACUAACGUCUCCUGAGGACUGUGCCAGGUUUCUGUUGUCACCCCGGGAACUAGCUUUCUUGGAGGGUCAAGGGAGAAGCUUGUUGUCGGCUGUUCCCGCUAAACUGAUUCCACCGCCGGUGCUGUUCAGAACUGCUGGGGUGUCUGUGACUGUGCCCCUGCCUGUGCCUGUGCCUGGCUACACCAGUGACUACACUGAGAUGGUGUGUAAGAGGAAAUGUUCAGAGGUGCAGAGGUGCACCCCCUGUAAGCAGCCGCGCUGUGCCUUCUCCACCCCUGAGGGAGGGCUGGGGAAUGGAGGACUGGGAGUAGGAGGAGGAGGGGGCGCGGCCUCCUCUAAUGCCGAGACUGGCCAGUGCCACCUCCCUCUCUGUCCACUUCCCUCCUCGUCCUCCUCCUCCUCUUCCUCCUCCUCACCUGCUGAUUGCUGCUGUGGGUUGGGUAUCCAAAGUGACUCAACCCAGAGUUUAGACUCAUCUCCCUGCUGCCUGCAUCAUCAUGAUGAUAGCCAGGGGAGGGUUUCUGAUGCUGUGGAUACACUAAGUAUCAACCACCUUCCAUCCUCCAUCCUUCUUAAGGUGCUCUCCCAUCUGACGGUGAAGGAACGCUGUCUGUGUGCCUCGCUGGUCUGUAAGUACUGGAGGGACCUCUGCUUAGACUUCCAGUUCUGGAAACAAAUUGACCUCAGUGGCCUACAACAAGUCAACGAUGAUCUCCUGGUGAAGAUAGCGUCUCGGAGGCAGAUUGUUACAGAGAUCAAUAUCUCGGACUGCCGGGGGGUUCAGGACCACGGGGUUUGCUCCCUGGCCUCCCACUGUCCAGGCCUGCAAAAAUACACAGCUUACCGCUGUAAGCAGCUGGGUGACCUGUCCCUGUCCGCCCUGGCUACACACUGUCCUCUGCUGGUGAAGGUACACGUGGGCAACCAGGACAAACUGACGGAUGAGGCGCUUAAAAAGCUGGGAGAGCAUUGCAGUGAGCUGAAGGACAUCCACCUGGGCCAGUGUUACAGCAUCACCGAUGAAGGCAUGGUGGCCCUAGCUAGAGGUUGCCCCAAACUGCAGAGAAUAUACAUGCAGGAGAACAAACUGGUGACUGACCGGUCCGUGCGAGCGGUUGCAGAGCAUUGUCCCGAGCUGCAGUUUGUUGGCUUCAUGGGAUGCCCGGUGACAUCACAAGGGGUCAUCCAUCUUACAGGGGUGAGGCUAAUCUCCUCUGUGAUGUUAAAACACGUAAUAGAGAUAGAUCGAGACACUGUGAUGCACAUAAUAAAACUCUGUUCCAUUCUCCCGGCACUGUCUUUGUGUCUACACCAUUGUGAUUGGCUUACUAAAGAGAGGUGUGUGGAGAUCAUUGCCAAGGAAGGAAGAAGUCUAAAGGAGCUCUAUCUUGUGUCUUGUAAAAUCACUGACCACGCCCUAAUAGCCAUAGGCCAGUACAGUAGCACCAUAGAGACGGUGGAUGCAGGCUGGUGUAAGGACAUCACAGACCAGGGAGCUACGCAGAUCGCCCAGAGCAGCAAGUCGCUCCGCUACCUGGGCCUCAUGAGAUGCGACAAGGUGAAUGAAGAGACAGUGGAGAGGCUGGUGGUGCAGUAUCCCCACAUAGUGUUCAGCACAGUGAUGCAGGACUGCAAGAGAACCCUGGAGAGAGCUUAUCAACUGGGUUGGAGUCCAAACACAUCCAACGCCUUGUAGCUACUGCCAGAAACAACACACACACAUACAUACACACACACACACACACACACACACACACACACACACACAAUAGUUGCAGCUCAGACAUGUUUACUUUUCAUUCACCAUUCAAACAUGCAUGUUGACAUGUGGCUUCACACCAAGACACAAAAACAUAUACACAAAUCUACAAAGAUUCAGCUGUUUAUUUCAAGCAAAUCAGCCACAUCAUUUUACUUGUUUAAUCUGGGUUGGGUUUUUUUUUUUUUUUUUUUAACCCGGAGGACUUUCUUUUUAUUUUCAUUUAAUCAUCAAGUUGACAGAUUUUUCUUGCACGUAUCAUCAAAGGGCAUAGUCCAUAACAUGGCUGUAUUAAGCUUCUUCAUCUUCAAGGCUGAGCUGUGUUUCAGAUCACACCCCAGGAGAGCCACAUAGCGGACCUCUUUUGACCAGAUCCCUGCCCGACCAGCCAAUAUGUUUUAGUCCAAAGCAGUGUUAGGGGGUGGGGGGGACUGGAGGGUGUUAUAUGAUAUCAACUGUGGGUGACUGCUGCUUAGUGAACAAAGUAUUGGGCCUUAAAAACUAAGGUUGGGAGCCAUCUGGCCCACAACCAGUGAAAAAAAAAGAGAAUCAAACAAAGGCGCAAUUAAAUUGCAGAGGUUCAGUGAUGUUGGGCCAGUACUGGGACUGUCGAUAUUUUGAAACGAAAAGAAAAUGUACCAGCUCAAGAUUGAUACAGUGCUCCAGAGCACUGGUUUUGUGCCAGCUCACUGAAGUGUUUACUUCCUCAACAUUUAACCCAUCUGAAGAAUGCUGCGGUGAGAUCACAUGAGACAAAGAAGAAGACCAGAGACCACAAGAGAACGUCCCGAGACUCUGGUCUGGAAGACCAUGGGGGUAGCAGCACAUGUGCAAACCACUUAGGGCUUCAGCCCUCACUUCAGGCAAUUUGAAGAAUUGGCUGUUUCUCAUGUGGUCUGACCUUUGUCCUCUCUUGGAUCUAAAUGACAGUGUUCGAGGCAUUUUUCUCACGUCAAGCUUUGCAGACCUUGUCGGGCAUAGUGUGAAGACCAGAGGUGAGGCUCAGUGAAAAGACUGAAGAACGUUUCAGACAAGAUCCAGUCAAACGUGCAGUUCCCGCAGAUGCACAGCAGGAUCGAUGGCGUUGUUGACAUGGGCUAACCUGGAUGGCCUAGCCCAAAGUUCGGAACUCGCAACAGUCAGUGUGUCCUAUCAAAGUGCCCUUGUGCAAGGCACUGAGGCCCUGCCUGCCCAUUCAUUGUAACUCUCCUGGAAAAACAGACUCAGAUAAGUGACUGCAUUUUGAAUUGUUAUUUCAAAAAGCGCAUGUUCUUAUUGAGAUCCUCGCCUUUCGCUAAGCGGGAGGUACUGUCUGCAUACAGUUUAUGUGGCUUUGGAACUGUUCUAUUUUUGAUGCCAUGGGGGAUCUUUCAAUGGAGGUUUUUGGUUGAGAAUUGCCUCAAAUCAUUACAGAAAAUAGACUCACCAGGUCUUGAAAUAGAAGUUGCCUUUUCCAACAGAGCUGAGGUCGAAUGAUCCCAACGUCAAACCCCAACCACUUAGACCAUAAAGAGAAAAUGUUGCCUUAAGUGGUUAACGGGUAGCCUAUUUGCCACUGAAUCAGCUUCCUAAGAUGGAUGCAGAAAUCACCUGAGGACAUUUCAUCAGCUGUACAUUGAGGAGAUACUGUGCUUUUAUUAUUUGAUCGAAACACUGCAUUCGCAUCAGUCUGUAUCUACGACACAUUUUUGCUUCUCGGACAGAGAUAGAGAAUAUGACAAAGGAGGGAUAAAGUCGAAUAGAGAUAGAGGAUAUGACAAAGGAGGGAUGAAGGUUCAGUAAUGCUUCUGACAUCUUCUGGCAGAAGCAUCAUUAUGAUAGUCUUCACUAUAUAUUUUACAUAUUAAAAAAAAGAAUAGUAAAAGUGAAUGUGGGUAGUUUGGAGUUGAUGUCCUCCAAUAUCUCUUGUAUUUCGUUUUUUUUCAGAGAUAAUGUUGUUUACUAUUUAGAGUAAAACAGUGUAAUUGGUGGUUUGGACUGUGCUUUGACUGAGAUGGCAUAUGGUUGGGUUGAACAGUGUAUGUGUGUGUGUGUGUGUGUGUGUGUGUGUGUAUAUAUAUAUACACACACACACACACACUGUGUGUAACUUCACUUAGACUAAUAUUGGUUUUGAGCUUACGCUUGCAACAUUAGCUACGUAGCAAUGCAUUGAGGGAUUAUCUUUCUUAGUGAAUUAGGAUGUAUAACAAAACUGGCCCAAGCAUAUAAUAAGGGCUAGUAGGAUAGUUUGUUGAGAUUUGCUAAUUUUUCAUCUGUUCCAUAAGAAAUCCGUAGUGGACAUUAUGCAAAUAAGCAGGGUAUUUUUCCGUGGGGUGAAGCGGCUCUGGGCUCAGCCUCCACAAAGACUGUCACUCACAUGUGAACAAUGUUUCCUAGCUCCGGGGUUGGAGUGGGGUUGUAAUCUCUCACAGUACACACAGAUUUCUGACAAUUAAAAACACGUUCGUUUUACCCUUGUCAGGUCUUGUAAAUUCCCCCAAUUGGGCUUCUCUCGCGCUCUGAUUUUUUUUUCUUUUUACUGUUCUUUUGUAAUCCCCUCAUGCACUUUCUUCUCUGCUUGAUGUUGACACACUUGAUCCCUGAUUUGUUAAGGCAACCGUAAAUGACUGGAUUUACAUAAAGAUGAAUAAAA